AGGGGGGAAGACUACUUAAAGGCGGAUUAACGCUGGCAAGACAUUAAAUCCAACCUCCCUCCAUCCAGACGCAGCGCGCAGCCCAUCAAACUGAUCUGAAGAUCGAAAAUAGGAGGGCUUAUAGUAAUCAGCCCUUCAGACUCUCAUGACAAGGAAAAGUGUGGCAACGUUGUGGGAGCGCUCGGCACACACAGUAGGACUGGCGCUGCGCGCUCAGCGCAUAACCAACCAGAUAGCGCGCAGAGAGAAAGAGAGAGACGAGGACGGUAGCAGCAUCCCGUGACGGAUGCAUUUUUUAGCUAAAAUCGAGCCUUGUGGAGACUGACAACACCAAUAGACAGAGAGAAGCCGGACGGAAAAUAAAGCCCUUUCUUUUUGGAGGGAUUUGAACACAGUGCCGUUGCGCUCUCGUCUCCUCCGGAUGCUCAGAAAUGGGGGAAUGGACUAUACUAGAGAGGCUCCUGGAGGCUGCUGUCCAGCAGCACUCUACUAUGAUCGGAAGGAUCCUACUAACAGUGGUGGUCAUCUUCCGGAUUCUAAUCGUAGCGAUAGUUGGAGAGACUGUCUAUGAUGACGAGCAGACCAUGUUUGUUUGUAACACCUUGCAACCGGGUUGCAACCAGGCAUGCUACGACAAGGCAUUCCCCAUUUCACACAUUAGAUAUUGGGUUUUUCAAAUCAUCAUGGUGUGCACUCCGAGCCUUUGUUUUAUCACAUACUCGGUGCAUCAGUCGGCCAAGCAGAAGGAGCGGCGCUACUCAACAGUCUAUCUGACACUAGAUAAGGAUCAAGAUUCGCUGAAACGAGACGAGAGCAAAAAGAUAAAGAACACCAUUGUUAAUGGAGUACUUCAGAACACAGAGAACUCCACCAAAGAAGCCGAGCCAGACUGUUUAGAAGUCAAAGAGAUCCCCAAUUCGGCCAUGAGAACUACAAAGUCCAAAAUGAGGAGGCAAGAGGGCAUCUCCAGGUUUUACAUCAUCCAGGUGGUUUUCAGAAACGCGCUGGAAAUAGGCUUUUUGGUGGGUCAGUAUUUCUUGUAUGGAUUCAACGUCCCCUCGGUGUAUGAAUGUGAUCGCUAUCCCUGCAUAAAAGAUGUCGAGUGCUACGUCUCCAGACCCACGGAGAAGACAGUGUUCCUGGUCUUCAUGUUCGCUGUCAGUGGGUUUUGUGUGGUGUUGAACCUGGCAGAACUCAAUCACUUGGGCUGGCGGAAAAUCAAAACGGCCGUGCGAGGCGUGCAGGCUCGGCGAAAGUCCAUUUAUGAAAUCCGAAAUAAGGACUUGCCAAGGAUGAGUGUGCCUAAUUUUGGUCGCACUCAAUCCAGUGACUCAGCUUAUGUGUAACACACGUGGAAGAAAACGUAAAAAAACAAAAACAAAAAACAAAAACCAUGAUGGACAUGAUGGACAGCUGUGCACGCCGAAUUCGUGUCAUGACUUAAAGAGUGGGCAAUUUUUUUUUUAAUUUGUUGGUCUUUGACAGACUUCAUGGCAAGCGUGGAUUACACGUUUGUUUACUUAUUUAUUCUUGCACUGAUGCAACUUUUUAGUAACGUUUAUACUCUGUAGGAUGGUAAACGGAGACCAUGUUAACGUGUUCACAUAUUUACUCUGGGGCUGUUCUGCUGUACUUGAAGGGAGUAAAUGCAAAAAUAAUUGCACUAAGAGGUGAACACUUGAGAGCCUGACCUUAUCCAAAUGUGCUACUGACCUGACGGUGUUUUUAAGACAUUUUCUUUCCACCUGUUUUGUUUUUGGCACCAACCUAAUUAAAUGGCACCAUACAAAG